AUGAAGCUGACGCUCUCGACGCCUUUCCUACGCGAUACCGAGCUCGUGAACUCGCAUGGGCGGCCAGUCUACUCCAUCUCCAGCAGCCGCUUCGGCAAAACCACAACCAUCGAACGAGCGGUCGAGCACGAGACGGCUGAGGCGGAGACCGAAACGAUAGGGACCCUGCACUUCGGCUCGAUUCGUUCGGACAGAAUCGCCUUUAGGGAGGAGAAGGAGAAGAGGGUCGGAAACGAUUAUCUGUGCAAGGUGGCGGGCGCGAGCGAGUUCUCGAGGCAGAGAUCGUUCGUCGCGGGAAGCGGACAGAAAUACGAAUGGAAACCAGUGGAAGAUGACUGGCAGCUUUACGCGGAAGGAGGCUAUGGACCCGUGGCGUGGUCCUCCGCGCCCUCGCACGACUGGCAGAGCGGGGAGCAUCUGGUCACAGCCUUCGAGAUCGACGAGCACAACGUCCGCGCACAGGACGUGGAUGAGAUCGUCGUGACAUUCGUCUACAUGCAAUUGCGGCAGGAGCGAGACGUGCGUAGAUACUAG